CCGACGGACAGGGGCCCGGCCGAGGAAGCAGCCUUGCAGGAAGCCCGCGCAGCCUGGCCUUGGGGUGGAGCGGGUCUUACUUCCUCUCAGCCCAGUCUCCCGGGCGGAGCACCCCUCUUACCCCUUCCCAUCUGAGCCUGAGUAUCUCUGGAGCUUGUUCCCCUGGACAGGUGGACCUCUGACCUCGUGACCCGAGAGCCAAGUUUUAGCGCUCCUGGGCCCGAGGCCCAGGGACCUCGAGGAUAGAGGGACCUACAGCCGCGGGGCUUGGGUCUGCUCAGACAGUGCGCUCCGAGAGCAGGACGUGGCCAGACGCCCAACUCCUGCCCUGGUGGAGGCGCCUCUGCCCCACUCACGUCCCUCCGCCCUUCACCAGAGAGGCCAGGCCUUACAUCUGCCGGAGCGCCUCGCUGCAAGCUCUCCCGGCCUGUCGCAUGGGCAGCUCCCUGGUGAAGCCCCGCUUUGCAGAUGAGAGACCGGGGCCAAAGGGCGGCAGCUGAGGCUACACGUGCGGGUCUGUGGCCUGAAAGUUGUCUUUUCUACCUCCUCAUAACACCGCCUGCUGUGUUUGUCUUACACGUUGAAGAGAAGGAUCCUGCUGCCUAAAAAUCCUUGAAAACUACAGGUAUUGUUCAUGGGCUUGAGCUGAAGAGGUGGCCACGGUCAUGGCCGUUCUGGGUAGAGCAGGCUCGAGGGUCAGCCAGUUCCUCAUCCUGCCCUCCUCUCCUGCCUGGGCUGCACGGACACCUCCUCAUGCUCUGUACCUUUGGUGCUGCCUUGCGCCCCGUUUUUCAGUGCCCAGCACCUCUGGGAAUGUCCCAGAGCAAGAAUGUGAUCACAUUUCUCUCACCUGACUUCUGCAAGACUUGGCACAGAUGCAGGUUCCCCUGCCUUCCCUACUUCCCACUCUGCUAAAAAAGUCUGGGAGAUCUGCUGAGACUGACCCCUGGCAUCAUCCCGUCAAGCUGACCCUCGGUGGGUGCCCAGCACACUAACCCAUCCAUGCUGAGCAAGUGUCAGUGAGCAUGCUCUCACAGCUGUUCCCACAGGCAGCUCUGGUCACCCUGGCUCUGAAGUUCAAGCGAAGCAGCCCGGAUUGGCACCCCCCAGCUCUGGGGGGGUCAGGAGUGGACUCCCCGGCCCCUCUCAAUGAACUGGAAGGAAGCCGUGGGUUGAUGUUGGUCUCCUCCACCUCUCUGGCUUGGAGACCUGCCCUGCCACCCUGUGUUGCUCAGUGGGUCACAUCACCGCUCAAGAGCCAGGGGCUGUGGAGGACAGAGGGGUGUCCUAGCCCAGUGCAGAGACCCCAUGAGGGGCAGCACGGGGCCUCCUGAUGCUGCAGGAGGAGCCACAGGAGGGAAGAUAGUGAUGCACCAUCACCCCAGUGACACCAGGGGUGAGUUCACAGGAGCCCCAGGCACGUGUGUGGGGCUCGGGCUCCCUCCCAUCCUAGCAAAUGGCAUCAUGCCUCAGCAGCUCCCUAGUGGACGGCGCUGCAGGACAUCAGGAGGAAAACAGGUGGAUAGCUGUUCUGGGCAGUGGCCCAGCGUGUCUGUGUCUGAAGGAAGGCUGUGUCAUGGCUUCCUGCUCGCCCAUCUCCAUGCACCCAAACCUGAAGCAGGGGAUUCUGCCUCACACUGACUACCUCCACGCCCAAGCUUCUCAAGAAAGUCACCCUUUGGAAUUAAAUACACCUUGACUCUCUAGGGCCUGCUGCCCAUUGCCGGUUCCUCUCCUCUCCACAUUUAGCAAGAAAGGCAGCAUGUUCUGGAGCUUUCUGGGACCUGGCCAUUCCUAAAGAGGGGGCUACAGAGAGGCCUGAGCUUGUGAGGCCCGAGCCACAUGGCUCCCCUGACUACCGUCUGCCUCCCUUUGGGGCAAACCGAAGGCCCCGUGUCCCCCGUGAAACCUGCUUUGUGAGGCAAGAGGUCACCAGGCUGCUCCACCACCACUUGGCAUACAGAAGUGCCAAAAAUCGAGAGUGCCCGUUGGUGCUUUCCUUUUACUGCUAGAAGUAGUAAUCACCGUUAAAUGGGACGGGAUCUGGGGGCUGGAAACAAAUCCCGAGAGUGCAUGUCUCAGCUGGCUCCCAGCUGUCUGGUCCAAGGCCCCUGGCCAUUCCUGGGCCAUCGAGGUUUCCCUGACAACACCAUCCUGGAGAACAACUUCCUUUUCCAUGACCAGCUGAGGUGGCAUAUGACUCCAAAGACGGAAGGGCAAGGAGUGACCCCACUCCCCUGGAGGCAGCCCUGGGACCCUCAUGAGCUCCUCAGGGUUGCGAGUGGUUCUGAGAGGCCCACCUCUGCUCCCGCCCUGAAAGGGAGGCCUUGGACAUGGAGCAAGUUCAGCCAUGGGCACCGGCCAUUUGGGACCGGGGUCAGCAGGCAGCCCAGUGGCGAGGAGCCCAGCACGUGACCGAGAAGGGCCACUGCCUGGAGGCACAUGUGGAAGGGCGAUGUGGAGCUGGGCGCGUCUCUUCUCGAGCUGACAGGAAGUGCUGGGUGCACUUGGACCCUGCCUUUUGGCGCUGUGCCUGCCUCUCGGGUGGUUUGGGGCAACCUUCAGCAGAGCCUUCCAAGCCCGCCUGUCAGGUCCGCACUGUCAGGUGUUUGCUCCACUGGGCUGGCCCAGCAGGCAACAGAUGGCCAGGCUCGGUUCUCCUGAGGGUGACGCCCGGCCACCCUGUCUCCCGCGUGGGCACUGCCCUGUCUCCAUGCUCUGCCUCGCCUUCCACCGGCCGCGUGUGACCAGGCCCGGCUCUCAGCACGGCCACUGCGGGGGCCAUGGGGAGCUCUGCCUCCUCGCUGGCCACCGAGACAGAGUCGGACCACGGCUUCCCUGGGGGGCCUCCCUACCCAGGGCCUCCGGCAGCUGCCAACUGGUGUAGGAGCGGCCCAGGGGCGCCUGUCUGGGGCGGCACACUGGUCACCCGGCAGCACCUGCCCCCACACCCUCGGGCCCGAAGCCGCACGCGCUCGUCCGGGCCCAUGGCCGCGGCUGGAGAGUGGUCCUGCACGCGCUGCACCUUUCUGAACCCGGCCGGCCGGCGCCAGUGCUCCAUCUGCGAGGCUCCUCGGCACAAGCCUGACCUUGAGCAGAUCCUGCGGCUCAGUGUGGAGGAGCAGAAAUGGCCCUGUGCCCGCUGCACGUUCCGCAACCUUCUGGGCACAGGGGCCUGCGAGGUGUGUGGCUUUGCCCCAGAGCCCGUGUCCGGCACUUCCCCGCUGCCUGUCAUCAACGGGGUCCAGCCCAAGCCGCCCACUGUCCUGGUGGAGCCCAAGGGCAGCUGCAAGGAAGAGGCAGGUCCUGUGCGGACAGCGGGGCUAGCAGCCCUGGAGCCGACCAGGGGGCAGCCCGCGGAGGAGAAGGGGGCAGCAGAGCCCGGGCGUGGCUGGGCCUGCCAGCGCUGCACGCUGCACAACACGCCUGUGGCCAGCUCCUGCUCUGCCUGUGGGGGCCCCCGGAAACUCUCACUGCCCAGGAUUCCUCCUGAGGCCCUGGUGGUCCCUGAAGUUGUGGCCCCUGCAGGCUUCCAUGUCAUCCCUGCCCCGCCCCAGCCUGGGGAGGGCAUGGAAGCCGACCCUCCCUCUGCCACUGACCAGGAGCCCCCCCGAGUACCGCCCUUCAGCCCUUUCUCACCCACCCUGCAGAACAACCCUGUGCCUCGCAGCCGCCGCGAGGUCCCCCCACAGCUGCAGCCACCUGUGCCUGAGGCCACCAAGCCCUCAUCCUCUGCAGGCCCCAAGGGGACCCCGCAGGGCCUGGGGCCAAUGGCAGCCGGGGCCCCCUGCCUGGCAGAGCUUCUGUCAAGCAAGCAGCUGAGCGUGCUGGAGGAGGAGGCGCCCCAGGCCAGCCCCACGCUGCGUGCCAGCCCCACGCUGCGUCGGUGUAGCUCCUGCUCCGCGCCCAGCCCCGGGAGCCCUGCAUGCUGUGGGGCCUGUGGCGCCUCGCCGGGCAGCGAUGCCAUCGACCUGGCCGGCGACACGGUGCGCUACACACCAGCCAGCCCUUCCAGUCCCGACUUCACCACCUGGUCCUGCGCCAAGUGCACCCUCAAGAACCCCACUGCGGCGCCCAGGUGCACGGCGUGUGGCUGCUGCAAGCUGCAUGGCUUCCAGGAGCACUGUGAACCCCCUGCCCGCUGUCCGGAUGGCAGCGCCGACAAGCCCGGCCCCUGCCCUGCCCACAAGGCCAGCAGCCUGUUCCCCACAGCACCGGACCGCAUGGGCCAGUGGGCGUGCCCCGCCUGCACUCUGCUCAACGCUCCGCGUGCCAAGCACUGUGCCGCCUGCCACACGCCCCAAGUGCUGGUGGCCCAGCGCCGGGGAGCCGCACCCCUGAGGCGCAGGGCGAGCGUGCACGUGGAGAAGCGGAGGCAGACGGACGAGGGCGAGGCCACCGCACUCUGGGAGAGCAUCGUGGCCUUCUGCCGCGAGAACAGCGUGAACUUUGUGGAUGACAGCUUCCCCCCCGGGCCUGAGUCUGUAGGCUUCCCUGCGGGUGACGGCGUCCAGCAGCGUGUGCGACAGUGGCUUCGGCCACACGAGAUCAACUGCUCUGUCUUCAGGGACCACGGAACCUCAUGGUCUGUGUUCCACACUCUCCGGCCCUCAGACAUCCUGCAGGGGCUGCUUGGGAAUUGCUGGUUCCUGAGUGCACUGGCUGUGCUGGCAGAGCGCCCUGACCUGGUCGAGCAGGUGAUGGUCACGCGCAGCCUGUGUGCAGAGGGCGCCUACCAGGUGCGGCUCUGCAAGGACGGCACGUGGACUACGGUGCUGGUGGACGACAUGCUGCCCUGUGAUGAGGCCGGCUUUCUCCUCUUCUCACAGGCUCAGCGGAAGCAGCUGUGGGUGGCCCUCAUCGAGAAGGCGCUGGCCAAGCUGCACGGCUCCUACUUUGCCCUCCAGGCAGGGCGCGCCAUCGAAGGCCUGGCCACGCUCACCGGCGCCCCCUGUGAGAGCCUGGCGCUGCAGGUCAGCUCCACUAACCCCCGCGAGGAACCCGUUGACACUGACCUCAUCUGGGCCAAAAUGCUGAGUUCUAAGGAGGCUGGGUUCCUCAUGGGCGCUUCCUGUGGUGGAGGCAACAUGAAAGUGGAUGACGCCACCUACGAGGGCCUGGGCUUGCGUCCUCGCCAUGCCUACUCCAUUCUCGACGUACGAGAUGUCCAGGGCUCCAGGCUGCUGCGCCUCCGGAACCCCUGGGGCCGCUUCUCCUGGAAUGGCAGCUGGUCGGACGAGUGGCCUCACUGGCCUGGGAAUCUGCGCGGUGAGCUCAUGCCGCACGGCAGCAGCGAGGGUGUCUUCUGGAUGGAGUACAGCGACUUCAUCAGGUACUUCGACUCGGUGGACAUCUGUAAAGCACACUCGGACUGGCAGGAGGCCCGGGUGCAGGGCCGCUUCCCUCGCUCGGCCAGCGGGCCUGUGGGGGUGACAGCGCUCACCGUGCUGGAGCGCGCGUCCCUGGAGUUCGCCCUGUUCCAGGAGGGCAGCAGGCGCUCCGACUCGGUGGACAGCCACCUCCUGGACCUGUGCGUGCUGGUGUUCCGUGCGUCCUUUGGCGGCGGCGGCCGCCUGAGCCUGGGCCGUCUCCUGGCGCACAGCAAGCGCGCGGUCAAGAAGUUCGUCAACUGUGACGUCAUGCUGGAGCCCGGCGAGUACGCCGUGGUGUGCUGUGCCUUCAACCACUGGAGCCCGGGCGCGCCAGGCGCCCCGGCGCAGGGUGACCGCCCCACCCUGUCCCGCCCCCACCCAGUCCACCGGGGGGACCGCCAGCCCCACUCCGCCCCCACCCGCACCCCUGCCCGUGUACCCCACCACUCGGGGGGACCGCUACGCUCUGCCCCAACCCGCUGUCCCCCUCACUCGCACUCUCCCCUCACAGCCUCCAGCCCCCCCGCGGGCGCCCCGCGCUGUGCCCCGCAGCCGCCGGGCCACGUGCUGGCCGUGUACAGCUCCAGGCUGGUCAUGGUGGAGCCCGUGGAGGCCCAGCCGACCACAUUGGCAGACGCCAUCAUCCUGCUUACGGAGAGCCGGGGGGAGCGGCACGAGGGGCGUGAGGGCAUGACCUGCUACUACCUGACACAUGGCUGGGCGGGGCUCAUCGUGGUGGUGGAGAACCGGCACCCCAAGGCCUACCUGCACGUGCAGUGCGACUGCUCGGACAGCUUCAACGUGGUGUCCACGCGGGGCAGCCUGCGCACCCAGGACAGCGUGCCGCCCCUGCACAGCCGCCUCCCCCAGGCAGGUCCUGGUGAUCCUGUCCCAACUGGAGGGCAACGCUGGCUUCUCCAUCACCCACCGCCUGGCACACCGCAAGGCGGCCCAGGCCUUCCUCAGCGACUGGACCACCUCCAGGGGCUCCCACAGCCCCCCACUCACUCCCGAGGUCGCUGGCCUACAUGGGCCCCGGCCGCUGUGACUGCCCCUCCCUCGCCUGCCCGCCCCCUACACGCACUUUACCAGGGAGACUCCAGCAGAGGACGCUUGAACCAGAAUCUCAGGACCCCGCCCGGGGAGCCGCUGGGUGCUGGUGCAGCCCCCCUGGGCCUUCCUCCCUGCCCCUCCUCCUGCCCAGAGCCUCCACCGCCCGCGGAAUACCUCGAGCCCGCGCCUCUGGCGCUCUGACUGGCUGGCCUCGGGUCGGGUUCAGACUGCCAGGCCGAGGUGAGGCCGCCCCUUCCUGGUGAGCCUCCUGCCUCGGGGCGGCAGCCAAAAGCUCCAUUCACAAACCAAAUCUGGGCUGGCGCAAGGCCAGGGCCCCGGGAGGAGAGCAGAGACCACCCCCUUUGUGGGGGUCAGAGACCAGGACCCCAGGUAACAACAGGGACUACCCCUGUGAGGGGGUCACACCAGGACCCCAUGGUGAGCAGGGACCACCCCUAUGAGGGGCACAAAGUCAGGGAGGGGCCUUCUCUCCCCAGCUUGCCCCCCAGAGCCCAUCUCCCCACCCCCCAACAAGGCAAGCAGGGCUCCCAGGGUUCCCAGCCAUGUGUCUUAGGCAGCAUGGGCUUGGGGCUGGGGAUGGGGUGGGUCCCAACUGCCUCUUGGCCACACUAUGCAAUUCCUGGAGUGCCCACCAGGAUCGAAGCCAUGCCUGGGGUCUGCAGGCCCAGGUAGCAGGUCAGGCAGGACCUGCAGGUUGGGCCCUGGCCCAGCUGUGCUGUUGGUGAGGUGGUUUGUCCUUAGCAUCACCUGACCUCUGCCAGGAGGACUAGGGUCCAACAGAAACCUUUGGCCAGCCCUGUCCUGGCGCACACAGGCGCAGCCCCUCUCGGGCCUGCCUCAGAAGCCCAGGACGCUGGGCAGCCGCUGGCUGUCGUCCCUGCCGCUUGGCUGAGCCGGGCCUGUGUCAGUGUCUGCCUGCAGAUGUCUGAGGCCGGCUUCCUGGGGUGCUGCCAAGCCUCACUGCCCUGCAGCCCCCAGGUGGCAGGCGGCCUGCCCACGUCCCCUCCCUCCCUGUGGGGCUUGCAGGGGAUUUUACACCUGGGGAAGACCGGGAAGCACUACACUCCCCUUGGGCCUCCUUUACGUUGCCUCCUGUUACUCUGAGCUGUGAAUAUUUUUAACCCUGUACAUACGGCCGGCUCUUCUGACAGACUCUUUUAUCGGUCGUCAGGCCCUGUCCCCAAGGGAUGACUCCAUGGGUGUUCCCAGACUCAGGCUCCGAUGGACCAAAUAAAAAUGCUGUUUUGUAA